AUGUUGGAGAGCGAAAAGUCUGGGCUGGUGGUCAUCGAACCGUACCGCGCCACGACGCUGAAAGCUGAGCAGCACCGUGAGCUGCACCGUGAGCUGCACCGUGAGCUGCAUCGUGAGCUGCACCACAAGCUUCUGCGCCGUAACGGGAAAAGGUGA